AUGUCUGACCAACACCAUUGUGAGUAUUGCCUGCGCCAGCAGUUCGCGGCACAACAAGAAGCCGAAGAGCAACGUCGGCUGGAGGAGCAGGCUGAAGAACAAUAUGAGCGGCCCGAAGUUCCCUACCAGAAGGGACUUGUUCUCCAAGUCAGAGCUCACAUCCCGUUUGAGCCAUUUGGCAACCCUGGAUAUGCAACCACCUUUAAGAGUCGUGGUGACGAAGCAGCCUCCACCCACGGGCAGGCUGAUUGGUGCAUGAAACACCCAUACCCAGAAACCGAACCUCAUCCAGACCAGUCCGUCUUCAACCUUCAUCUCCUCGAUGAAGUGGCUGUGAGAGAUGGACGAGGUGCUCAACUCCUGCGGUGCGAGUGGGAGGGCCAAGAGUCUCGCGGCAAGCCCCUUGUUGCCAAGAUAUUCGAUCCCAUGUACUACGCUCGCGAUGAAGUUGGCAAGGACGUGACCUUCAUCGCUGCAAGCGACUACUCGUGCGAGGCUGCUUCCUAUGAAGACCUCCAGAAAGCAGGUGUUGACGGUGUCAUGACGCCAAAGUAUUACGGAUCCUGGACUUUUGAUCUCCCCAUCGCGCAGGAUGGGACGCGCCAAGUACACAUGGUUAUCAUUGAGUGGAUCGACGCACCUACCAUGCUCUCGUAUUGUGAGGAAAGACGAAUCCAUCAUAUACCUCCUCAACGCCGUCUCGACAUUCUCGCCCAGGUUUUUGAAACCCGGGCUAAGCUGGCAUUUCAUGGCGCCGAGAGCUUGGAUCUCGCGAUGCGAAAUGUUCUCAUCUUGGGAGAUCUGGAGAAUGAUCCUACACCCCCACGUGUCAUCUUUAUUGACUUCAACGACUCGCUUGCACGCAACAGGCCCAACUCUUUAUAUCAAGUGGCAUGGGAAAAACCCCCAAAUCCGAUGUGUCUGUAUUGGAACAAGCGCUCAGCCGAAGAGUUCAACUCCUGGAUUCCCGAGCCACAUCUCUCAGACAUGGAUGCCUUCAACAAAUGGGUGAAGUCCAUCUGGGGAGAUUCAGACGAGUUUUGUGUCUCCUCGGACUUCGACGAUAUCCUCGAGACAGGAUCAUACGCGGCUCUCGGCGACUCCCCGCCCCCUUCCCCCCUGCCCGACACGGAAUACUGGGAUAUUGAUGAGGAAGAAUGGCUUCCUACAUCCGACGCCGCAAAGACCGACCCUGGAGAGUGGCCUCCCUUCAUACCAGACACAGAGUUUGAGUCUGACGAGUCAUGCUCUGGCUCAGAAGAUAGCUCAGACGAGACGAUGAGCAACGCAGCUUGUUGA